CACGUGUAACUAUAUCACGUGCCAUAGUCCAAAGGCGCGAGAGCGCUUCGGCCGGGAGCACCACACGUUCAACCGUGCUCAUGCAGCAGAGCAGUGAACGUUAAGGGAGCCGACUCGGGAGAACAUAGUUGAAAUACUUCUUGAAGCUCGCGUGCAAUGUGGCGACUCUGAUUAUUUCAUAGAUAUUGAGCCCGGCGUCAUAUCCUAUGGUGGUCCUUCUGACGGUUAACUUGGGCGACCCCACGAACGCCCGAGGGAGUGACGGCAUCUUCUUCUCAGGAGAAAGAUUCACAUGUAGCUUGACGUUCUCAAACGUAGUAUCCUCACCAACAUCGCGUUACGGUUCUGAAAGUACCGACCCGAAGCGGAAUGAAUCUGAUGGGGAGCACAGUCAGACUCUGACUGCGUACAGCCCAACCACAAGAAGUCCCAACUCGUCCUUAUCGGAAACGGGGUCCGACGGCGUUCACGCAUUCUCAGAAGUACCCCAGUCACAUUCUGACACAGUGAGCAGCGGUUUGGAGGCUGUCAAAGAAGAAGGAGAUGGCGGUCGAGUGAACGCUCCAAGGCCGGAUACAGGUUCCAGGCCACCACCGAGGGGCGCUGGCUCAGGCCUUCGACUAUCUCGACCAAAGCACGUAGUCUCUCGUGGACCGCUAAGCGCUGGAGGUAAUGGCACUCGGAAUGCGUCUCUUGAAAGCAUGACUUUCAGUCAACUGCUUCGGAAGUCUAUUUCUUUGUCAUCCUUGCGAUCUGCGGUCGGCUCUACGCUGGGUCUUCUUGGAUCUAGUGCUGAACAUGACCUAUCUCAAUAUCCACAAAGGCGAGGGCACAUGCAAGUCAUUCGACAAUUGCAGCCGGCCGAACCUCCGCGUGCCCUACGGACUACCGGAGCUCCCCGUGCCCCUCUACCCUCGAGUUUACAUGCAUCACCCCCGUCUUCACCAGCACCUCUCUCCCCUGUAACCAUACCACCGCAAAUUGAAGUACGCGGUGCGAAUAGGAUAUCCCUGCAUACUGUUUCCAUGCACAGUCCGAGUAGUCCAGGCUCCUCCACGUCGGACUUGCAUUCGGCUCCCGGUACCGCGCAUGUACAGCAGCGUUUCAGCAGCAGUUACGGCGAUCUCACUAAACAAUAUCCUCCUCUUCCUCGGAAUUCCUUCGACACAUGGCAUUCAACCAGAGGCUCUGCUCCAUCCCCAAUGGGGUCCAAACCGGAGUCUAUUACCUGGGCUUAUGUGCAGAUGACUGGACAUUUUUCUGUGGACCCAGCAUUCAUAAAAGCCAGCGCAUUCGAAGCUCUCAAGUCGAAAGUCAUGUACCGCUCUGCCGCAGUUACUGGAGGGGGCGUAGGGGGUGGCGGAACAUUGGGUAUCAGCUCCACUACAAGCUCGCCGAAUGAUCGGUCUGCAGAGACCAAAAACCUACCCUUGUACAGCACGCCACCGUCUAUUCUCUUUACAGACUUGUCUCUGGCACCAGGCGAAAGUAAAACAUAUAAGUACGAAAUUCUGCUGCCCGCGAAUUUGCCACCAUCUCAUAGAGGCAAAGCGAUCCGUUUCUCCUAUAAACUCAUUGUUGGAAUUCAACGAGGCGGUAUUGCGCACAGAUCCCAGGUUAUCCAAUUGCCGUUCCGAGUUUUCAGUCAAGUUCAUGAUGAUGGCUCUCGGCCGAUAUACGAAAUAGCAAACCCAGUCGUUAUAAAUAAAGAUGAGGCGGUUGUUUCUACCGAGACGGUGCAUCAUGCUCUGCCCCCGACGUUGUUGACCCUGGACCGAAUAGAUAACCGCAGGGCGACAGUCCGACCCCGCUCAAAGACGAAGUCGCUUCUGGAGAAGGACGACAUUGUAGAUUGCAUGGCGCGAACCAUAAACCUCUGCCAGCAUACUAAGAAAGUAUCAUAUGACAUAUGCAAGAAUAACGAACAUGUCGCACAACUAAUCCUCCCUCGGAAUGUUUAUCGUUUGGGAGAAACCGUGAUGGGGAUGCUGGACUUUAGCAAUAGCUCAAUACCAUGUUACCAGCUGUCUGCCUUCCUGGAGAACAAUGAGCAUAUUGAAGAACCCUUUGCAGUACGAUCAAAUGAGCAGUCCUCGCGGCUCACACGACGUGUGUACGCCGAGCAUCACAGAUAUUCUCUCAACACCCAGCGCGCACACAUCGAACUCUUCCUGCCCGUAAGCUGCAGUCCUGAAUUCCAAACAUCAGCAGUGUCGGUCCAGUGGUGCUUACGAUUGGAAUUCAUCACUGGUUCAAAUACUCGCCUUCAUCUGCGUGCUUCGAACGAUGUCCACUUCGCGCACAUGCAUGCCAAUCCCACUGCAGCCGUAGAAGCGUUCGACUGUGUGAUUCCCUUACGAGUUUACGGUGCAAAGACCGCACGGACUACCCAGAGUAUGCAGCUUUUUGAAAUACCAUGAUUUAAAUGGAAUAAAUUAUACCAAUAUCCGCGCAUGUGCACCUCACAUGGCAUUUUCG